CGCGAGACUCAUAUGACACGGACAAAAUGGCGACCUCCGACGACUCACUGGAGAUACUUCUAAGUACGAUAUAUUGUGUGUGUCACGAUCAUUUCAAUGCCAUUACACACAAUAUAUAUUGAAAACUGAUGCUAUUCAAAUAUGCUUUGCACUUCAGCUGCUUUAUUUUUACAUACCUAGAGAACAUUUUUAUUAAAAUGUUUACAUAUGAAUUAAUCUGAGACACUAUGACUAUAACUGAUAACUCUAUACUAAAUUGACUAAAUACUACUAUACUGAGAUUAUACUAAUUUACUAUAAAAUAUAACUAUCUAAUCUUGUUUUUCCCAAUGGGGGUCCACGCCCCACAGGGGAAAAAUUCGAUUGCUUUGGGGGACAAUUGGAAAAUGAGCUGUCUAGAAUUUGAAAACUGUCUACUAUGAUUUAUCUGGUAUUUUGAAAAACAAAGUGUCUACAUGUCCGGCGACCGGUUGAAUAAGUUCUCGAGAUAUUCGUCCGGCGAUCAGGUCACAUGACCGCUGUAACAAUGGUGGGCAAGACAUCUGUCCGUCAGCCUUGUCACACGACCUCUAAUAGUAAUAGUCUUAUCAUAAAACUGGCGUCGGAGAUGCAUGGGGGCGACAAGACCGACAAGUAUUAUACACUUUAUUUCAAGAAAUAAGGUGGGGGGGAGCAAUGCAUACUAGAAGGAAGAAAUACUGAGAGCGGUAGAGACAGGAUAAAAAUGAUAGAGAGGGUGAUAAAUGAUUAAGGCGGGGAGGUCCAAAGUUCACAAAGAAAUAGACCCGACGUCUUAAUAUAGAAUAUAGAGCCAAUAUAUAGUGUGCUGUUGGGGUAGCCUCCUUCUCACGCAAUAUUAAUUGCCUAAAAUAAAAGUUUGACAGUAGGUCUGUUGACUGGAAGGUAUUGGUUAUUUUCUUUGGUUCAUAUUUUAAACUUAGGCCUAGGCUACUAGGUGGAGCUUUAUAAGAUAUUUAAACCAAGAUAACAGCCUUUUUUAAAUUUUAUUUUGCCGACGACCUCUUUUCACAUGACAUGUCUGCCGGAAUAAUAAUACAUACUAGUCGUCCGGCGGUCACGUAACAUGUCCACUGGAAGACUAUCUACCGCACUAUUUGUCCUGAAACACUGAUCUAAUCUCUAUUUCAGUCCUGAGUUCAUGGCUCACAACUUUCACAUUUAUGUUUAACUUUCAAAUUUUAAUGCUAACUAAAAGCCCUAGUGAUAGAUUUAAUGAGAAGGCUCGUUUGAGUUCUGAAUAGGUCUACUCAAUCUUAAUUUAUAUUGAAAUUGUUAAUUGUUAAUUUUUUUUGACCAGGCAGUUACCAAACAAUGGCUUUAACAAUGCAGCUCAAAGACACAACUCAAUAAUGAAUGUUCGGGCUUCUUUGGCCUACUCUCUUCAAAUUUUCUUCUUCCAAAUCUCAAAUAAAUUUACAAAAUAAAUUUGGAUAAAUGAUAAUAGGGAAAUGCAAGCAAAAGAAACAAAUUUAGAGAUGUGUUUAUGAAAAUCACUUUCAUUACUGUCUCAAGCUGAGCGGUCACUAUUAUGUUAAUUCUGCAGGUAUGACAAAUGUUACAAUUUAGAAGAAAUUUUUUCUCCAUUUCGAUAAGCGCAUCGAAUCAAUGGGACCAAAGUAUGGCAAUGAAGUGGCUUGAAAUAUCUAUAAUAAUCAAAAUUGGCAAUCACUGACCGAGUCCAAAGCAAUAUAUUUUUAAAGAAGUUUUGGUUCUAGAGUAGGGGUUUCAAACUCAAAUUAUCCAGGGGCCGCAGGAGGUAGAAUCUGAGUGAGAAUGGGCCGCAUCAAGUAUUCCAUAAAAAAGCAAUUACAAAUUCAAUAAAGUAGAAACCACUGUUACUGUCUGCUCAAACUUUAUUUAUACAAAAAUAAAAACAUUAAGGGUUUUCAAGAACUAUAGGCUUCAAUUACUUCCUCCUACUCCUUGUUGCUAGUGAUCUGGCAGCACUUCUUCUUACACAGCUGAGAAACAUUUGGCUAUUGUAGGGAGGAUGAAUUUUGAUUUUUUUAUCAUAGAAAAGUCCUUUUUGACUAACCCUGUUUUGAAAGGGAGCAAUCUGACAGGCUUGGAAUUUCCCUCAUUCAUCACUCAUACACACUAGCGGCAAUUUUAAUAGGGAUUUUUUGAUACUGUGUCAAAUUGCAACAAUUUACACAAAUAUGGCUGUGCAUUACCCAGCGACUGACUUUUUCAACUUUUAAUGUAUAUAAAAUAUUCAUAGCAUAUUUUCUCAAAACGGUACUUUAGCCAUGUUUGUCUCAUAAAAUAAAUAAUAAAUUUUUAGUCUGAUUUUAAAACUGUUUUUACCAUUAUAAUCAACAUCCAAGCCUAUACAAACAUAAUAAAAAUCAGAAUUAGACUAGUCAGUGAAAUUCGAAUGAAACUGUCGCAGAAGGUCACAAUAUAGAUAUAAGAAUGGGAGAACGCAAAAUAUCGUCUUGUGGGCACAAAUGGCCAGUGGGCCACAAGUUUGAGACCCUGUUCUAGAGACUUGAUGAAUUCUUAAAGAUGAAGCCAACCAACCUUGUCCUUGUUUGUAUAGUUAUUUUUUUAUUUGUAUAAUUCAAAUUAAAUAACUCAUGUCAUGUGUUUUUCUGGAACUGACUCUAAGAGAGACAGCCCUUGCGAUGCUUUUCAUUUGACAGUGAUUUCCCCUUGAAAUGCAUUCUUGAACACAAAUUUCUUAUUAAGAUGGAUGACCCUUGGGACAGCAUAACAUUUUCCUUACCGGUAUAUGGAGUUGCUUACCUUAAAAAAAAAAUUCCCAACAAAUUGUUUCCCUUCAGUAAGGAAUUAGUGUGCUUUUUAAGUCUGAAUUAUGAGUCUUGAUUCAUUAGCUGAAAUCUGUAAUAUUCAAUUUUGGGGGUGGGGGGUCAACUUUGACUGAUAAUAAUGCGAGCAUGAAUUGAAAAUAGUAUUUCUGAUUUCUGACUUGUUUAUGAGUUUCUAUUUUAAUUGUAGAGUUGUAUGUCUCAUGUACUCUGGUUUUACCAAAAGACGAAUAAAACCAAAAGACUUGGCCUAAUACAUUAAUUUAUAUGUAUAUAAUAUGUAUCUUUGGUCAUUCAGUGAAGAUUGUGUGCCUUCCAUAAUAUAGUUAUAAUAUGGGGAGACGGCAAUCAAGUUUUUAAAGUGGAAAUAAGUAACACGCUGUCAAAUAAAGAUUACACUGAACAAUAAACUCAUCAGAAAAAGCAAACAAUAUAACAGUAAAAUUUAUAGAAUUUAGCAUAUAAGUUUGGAAAUUGUGAAUGGUUACAAGAAAUUUAAAUUGAAAAAGUAUACUGGUAUAUUGUUCCUGUACACUUUUGUAUAAAGGAGGUGAUUUUUAUCAAUUUUGGGUCAUGCCUAUCAAUAACCCUAACACCCUUGCAAUAUCUUUUUCUUGCCAAUAUUUUCAAUUGGACUAACCCUAACACCCUUGCAAUAUCUUUUUCUUGCCAAUAUUUUCAAUGUCCACUACUGGUACUCGAAAUAUAUAAACAAAAGUUAAUUAAAAAAUCAAAAUAGUCACAAGAAUAAAAUUAAAUUUCAUUUAUCUAUCAGACAGAGCGACAGAUCCUUCAAUGAAAGAAGAAGAUUGGGAUAGAAUAACUGCUUUUUGUGACAAGGUUGUAAUGGAACUAGAGGGACCACUUCUGUCUACAAGACUACUAGCCCAUAAAAUUCAGUCUCCACAAGAAAAAGAGGCUCUUUAUGCUCUAACAGUAAAUACAACUUUUGAUCUGCCCACAUCUAUUAAUUUUUUAAAAUAUAGUUGAGUUGCAGGCAUCUUGUACAUGAGACAUUUGAUUUACCAACAUUCAAUUUCAUGACUAUAACUUAAAAAUAAUUUUUCAAGGAUUGGUAGGGAACCCAUCAUUAUGUUAUACUUUUUUUUUUAAUGAUAACUGCAAUUAUUUGUUUGGUCAUUGACAUUUUUUUCCAGACUCUGGAAGCUUGUGUCAAAAACUGUGGUAGAUAUUUCCAUCAAGAAAUCGGGAAGUUCAGGUUUCUCAAUGAAAUGAUCAAAGUUGUGUCACCAAAGGUAAUUUAUUGAAAGAAAUAAGGUUGUGUUGGAAAAAAGGUAAUGAAAUUCCAAUGGUUAUUUAUUCUUGCAAUUUUUUUUUGUUACAUGGAGUUUUCAGGUCGGCUUCAACACUAGAUCCACUGUUAACAAUUAUAAUUUUAACAUUAUUUUAUUAAUGGUAAAUGAGCAUGUUUAAGCAAUAACGCCCAUAUUUUUUUUUCAGUAUCUGGGUAAUCGCACUUCAGAAAAAGUAAAGAAAAGAUGUAUAGAAAUUAUCUAUAGUUGGUAUAAAGGCCUUACACAUGAGCCAAAAAUAGGAGAAGCAUACAAAAUGCUUAAAGCACAGGGAAUAGUUAAAGAGGAUCCAAUUUAUAUGGAUAAGGUUAGUGCUGAUAAUGAGCUUUGCUUUCAGUAAUACUGCUAAUGAGCUUUGUUUUAAGGAAACAUAUUAAUGCUUUUAAAAGAAAUCUGUGCACUAAUUAGUCAGUAUUAAUAAAGAAGUUUUUAAAAAUGUUGACAUUUGCUCUAAAUGUGCUUGAUGCAAAGUCAUUAAUUAAAAAGUAAAAGUGACCAAACUGGCAGAAUGGAUACUAAUUUCUUACCGCUGUUUGUGUUGUUCUUAUUUUAAAAUUUAGUUUAUCUUGCUAGCGAAAAGGAAAAUAAAAUUAUUUUCUUAGGUAGGUUACAAAAAUAAUUUAAUUCCUAUGUUUUUUAAUCCUUAAGUAAUGUUCAGAUUAGCUGAAAAUACUUAAUCCUUUUUGUUAGUUCACAUGAUUAGAUAAGCUUUAUUACACUGUAACAUAAAAUGUUUCUUUUUUACCAGAGUUUUGAUCCCUUCCCACCACCUAAACCGAGGAAAGCAGAUUUCGAAGAUGAUGAAAAGGCAAAGGUAACUGUUCAGCCAUUUUUCUUCAUGUUUUAGAAAGUUGAAUGUACUUGUUCGGCUUUAUGCUGUCUGGAUGCCAUUGAAUUUUAAUGUGGAGAAACAAUUUUUAUUCACUAAUCACAAGUCUUCAAUUUAAAAAAACCCAUUAAACUUAUCACCUUUGACAUCCUUAAGCCUGUCGGGACCCUUGAAAUUGUGAUGACUUCAAUUUUUGUCUUGAACUUACACAUGUUUUACUCCAACAUCUACAAACACUUUUAUGUAAAUAUUGCAACAUUAGUAACAAAUUCUAAUUUCUCCCUAGUGAUUAACUGGCAUUUUGUGAAGUGUUUUCAUAUUUUUAUUGUUUUCUUAAGUCAAUUAUCUAUACUCUACUGUACAUCAAUUUUUCUUAUUUGUGCCUGAAAACAUCAAUUCAAUGAUUGCAGACACUGGAGCGACUUCUGAGAAGUAAAAAUCCUGAGGACUUGCAGGCAGCUAAUAGACUAAUUAAGAAUAUGGUGAAGGAGGUCUGUAUUCAAUUGUAUCAGUAAGAAAUUAUUUACAGCAUUAAAAUCUAAUAGGCAGUAGGCUGAAAUAGUUUCAUUUAGAUAUGUCUAUUCAUUGAAUCUGUUUGAGUCAGGAUUGAAAGCUUUUUGAACUCAUUACUGCUAGCAAUGCUGCUUAAAUACUUAAUUAAUAUUCCAGAGAAAGGGAACUCCAUUUUGCUCUCGAUUUACAUUUGUAAAAUAUUUUGUUAUGCUACUAAAUAUUAAUUAAUAUAUGAAUUAAGGAUAAAUGCAUCCAGAAAUAAAUUAGGUUUAAUAAGAAUAUAACUUUAAUGGCGAACAAAUAAUGAUCAUUGACCCAAAAAAUCUAUUUUUGGCACCUCAGAUGAACACAUGCUAGAUGGAGUCGGGAACGAGUUCAUAUGAAUGAAGAAUAACAAUUAAAUACAUCUUAACAUACUCAAAUAUUUUCUUUAUUAUUAUAACAAUAAAUUUAAAAGCUCAAAAUUAAAUUCUGCCUGUCACAAAAUAGGACAUGGAAAAAACUGAGAAGCGAUCUCGUCGAAUCAAUGAACUAGAAUCUGUACACAACCAAGUGAAACUCCUAACAGAAAUGAUCAGUGAAUAUUCAGCCAACACAUCCUCUAAAGAAGAGAUUGAAAUGAUGAAGGUGAUUUCUUUUAUUUCUCUGCUAAAAGAAGAGAGUAUGCUUGUAAAAACACCCAUUGUGUGUAUUUUAUAUGGAUGUUGGCGAACAUUGUUUCAUAAAUAUUUAUCCUGCAAAAGUAAUUUUAUAUUUUAAAAAGAAAACAUCUAUUUGAUUGACAUUUAAGGUUAUGUAAUUCAUAUUGACUGUUUAAAAUCAGUAUGAUAAUAAGACCAAAAUUAUAACACCAUUUAUACUUUCUGUCUGUAAGAAAGGUGUCUGGCAUUGAAAAAAAAUUUAAUAAAAUUUUGAUGUUUUAGGAUUGUUUUCUGUAAUUUUUUUUUUUGUUACAUUUUUGUGAAUUUCAACUGAUGCAUCGAAGAUAACAAUAACAAUGAAAUUGUAUGUUUCCAAAGGAAUUGUAUGAUAACCUUGAAAAGCAAAGACCAAAUUUAUUUCGACUAGCAAGUGACACAGAUGAAAAUGACAAUGACGGAAUAAGUGAGUUGUCAUAACUUAGCCUACACAGAUUUUUCAAAGUGCUGGGAAUUCUGGACAAUACUUUUUAUAAAUUAGACUAAAUUUAACUAUAAGAUGUCCUCAAAAUAUUUUGUGUCUUUUUUUUUUUUUUUUUAACUCUCAUGUUUGCUUGAUGCAGAUGAUAUCCUCAAGGCUAAUGAUUCUGUAACGAGAGUUAUGACUUUAUAUAAAGAGCAUGUUGAAGGAGAAAAGCCUGCUGGAGAUUACACUGCAGGGGCCAAAGGUUAGCAAAUGAUGUAAAUCUCUUUUGUUCUCAGAUCAUUUCAAUCAUGUUUUAUCUAAAAAUAGAUUUGCACUAUUCUGUGAUAUUCUAAUUAUUAUUAAAAUAUUUUUUGUUAUGUUUUUUUACUUGUAAAAAAAAAAAAAAAAAAUAACUUUUUUUUCUGACUUGGACUGUAACUGUGACAUUGAAUGUCAAAACGAGUGUCCGUUCUGACAGUUGAUAGUUGAAAUUGACCUUAAUCAAAUGUUUUUUCUCUGUUUUAACUUCAGAUUCUUCAUUAUUGGAUUUGGGUCUUGAUUCCAGCUCUGCUAAAUCUCACACUACCUCUGCUGUGGUCACACCAUCUUCAUCAGCAGCACUCUUGGAAAAUGAUUUUAACUCUUUAGGUGAAGAGCCCCCUCAUUAUUCUUUGACUCAAUUGCCUCGAUACAGUGGGCCCUUUUUUUUCCUUGUGUCACCUAAGCGGAUAAAAUUUACUUUUUAUUGUUCAUUGCUUGUUGUUAUCAGUUAUUGUGGCAACAACACAUACAAAAUUUUUUUAAAAGUCAAUUUAACUUCCCUUGACUUGAUUUUGAAUUCCUGUUGUUAGUAAUACACCCUUGGGAAACAAAAAUGUCUAGGGUACUUCCAAAAUGGGCUGCUUUGCUCCCAUAAAUAACCGUAAUUAGCACUGUAACUGUCAAGUGCAUUUUUCUUUAGUGUCGAGCCAUUUUUAGCAUUUUCAUAUGCUUGUCAAAAAUGGCAAAAGAGGAUAAUAAAUGAAUUCAGAGACCCUUACAGGUAUACAUUUUCUGAAAGUACAAUUGGACAAGGUAUCUUAUAGCAUGAAAAGAAUUUUUUAUAUUUUAAUCUUGACCUUUACAGAGUUGAUAAAAAUUUUGCUACAAAACAUCCGAAUUCAACCUAACCUACAAAGCCAUAAAUUGUUCAAACUAUCAUAAAAUCAAUUUGUUUUUUUAAUACUUUUAGAAAAUGUCAAGUUAUUGGUGCUUAUUUUGAAAAUUGUGAUAUUGGUGAAUUUUUUUCAUUCACUACUUGCAAAUUUCUGUCAAACAAAAUUCAAGGGGAAGGCAUGAAAUGAGUUCAAAAAUUACUUUUCAAAUGAAGUUAUUAAAUCCAUUUUGUAUUGAUUAAUACUCCAGAACAUACACAAACAUUAGUGUCUUUGUAAAAUACGACUAAGCUUAAGGCUAAAUGUGUCAACAUCUGACUCUUAUGUCACCAUCACAGCUAGAGCUAAUACUAACUCUGUCAUUACUAGCACAUGAGUUCAUUGAACUCUCUGAAUUCAUUGCUUUCAUUUUAAUCCUUUUAAAAUAUCUCCAUUAAAGAAAGUCAAUGUUGAUUUUGCAAUUUAGAAUGGGGGCCCUCUCCAGCAUCAGACAUUUUGCUGUUUAAAAGAAUUGAGCAAAUUUUACACCUGAUCAAUCUCACAUAAAGCCUUGAUAAAAGCAUGUUAACACAUGGAUAGAGAUGUAAAUAGGAAGCAAUGUCAUUUAUAUAGAGUGAUUUUUCCCCUUAAUCAAUAUAUUAAAUCAUUUCCAUUUUUAAUGACGACUGUGACAAUAUGGAAAGGGGUUUAACAGCCGAUGAUCUGCCGCUAUGACAGUUAUAGGGUUUAAAAAACUGAAGAUUUUUGCUUUGAUUGGUUUUUUUAAUACUUUUUUUUUUGCCUUCAAAAAUGUUUAAAUCUAGAAAAUAUACAUUAUCAAAGUCUUUGAUUAAAUAUUUAAGAUCCAAUGGAACAUGAUAGUCUAUUUGGAGUAGGGCCAUCUUAAAACUGCUGCCUAUUAACUUUCCAUUGUCCUUCUUUUAUGCUCAGGUUUAGGUGACAUGAAUGAUCUAGGCAGUAUUUUCAGUGGAGUCUCACCCCAACAACAGGUAUUUUAACACUGAGCUCCUAACUUAUUGGGAAUAAUGGUUAAAAAAAACUGCUAUUUAUAAUUUUAAAUAAUGAGCUCUGGAAAGAAAGGAAUCUUUUUGCUUGUUUACAUUUAUAUUGUUCUACCGAAAUGAAAUUUUCUACCCAAUUUGAUUUAUUUGUAUUAAAAAUUACAUCCAAACUUUGUUUUUUGGUUAUUAUUAUUAUAUGAAUAUUAUCUUCCAAAUUUUCAAUGAAAGAAAAAAUUGUUUUUGUUUGUAUGCAGAAUUUAGUUACAUAAUUUAUAGACCACAGGUGUAUUUAGACAAAGGUGUAUUUAGACACAGGUGUAUUUAGACACAGGUGUAUUUAGACACAGGUGUAUUUAGACACAUGUGUAUUUAGACACAGAUGUAUUUAGUUAAAGAUAAAUAUUUACAGCAUAAAGUUGAAUGAGAAUUAUUUGAAAUAGCAGGUGUGAUUUUUAAAAACUAUUUUUUUUUUAUUAAAGCCUGUUGUGCUAAACAGUUUAUCUGGCCAACCCAUGAUGACACCAGCCCACAUGGGUAUGCAUUCAUCAAUUCCUCAUUUUGCUGCUCAGCCAGGAUUUAGUUCACCCCAGUCAAUGCUACAAGCAUCAGGAAUGUUUUCAGGUACUGGGUAGUUACCUCUGACCCUCUCAUUCCCAGUAGUCACACUGGUCACAGCUACCUUUUAAAAAAAUAAUAAAGAGCACAUCUUUUUAAAUUAAGUUUGAAUUAAAAACCUAGAUGUUUUCUGAAUACACUGCAAUUUUGUGGUCCACAGCAGCCCCUCCAGCUUACAGCGCCAUCUCACACAGCAUACGACCAGCCACUGCCAGCCCAUCAGAGCCUUCACUAAGUGUAUUUAACAACCAGGCUGCUCCUAGAGUGCCAUCAAACUCAUCUUUAGCUGACCUAGAUAUUCUCAACCAAUCUUUACAAGAUUAUAAACUCCAUAAGGAAACUUUCCCAGUCAAAACGUAAGUGGCUUUAUUUUUCUUUUCUUUGUGCCAAGUUUAUUCCAGUUGCUGUAGCUGACCCAGAAACUCAAAUAUUUUGGGAUUAAAAAACCAAUUGUAAUCCCACGCCAGGUUGGCUAACAUUUUCCAACUUCUGCCGUCAGUGUUUUUUUUAAAAUCAGGAUUCACCUUCUCUCAAAGAAUAACCGCCUUAUUUACUCAUAACUGUGAACGACCAUGUGCAUAACCUCUUGGUUCAUAAAGACACCUUUGCACACCUACCUCCAAACUAUUUGAUAAUGUAAAAUGCGUGCAAAAUAUAAUAUAGUUGACGGAGUGAGGGAAUCUAAGUAGACAGUCCUGGACAUUUGUGUAAUCUGAGUGAGGAAAUCUAAGUAGUCAGUCCUGGACAUUUGUGUAAUCGGAGUGAGGAAAUCUUAGUAGACAGUCAUGGACAUUUGUGUAAUCGGAGUGAGGAAAUCUAAGUAAACAGUCAUGGACAUUUGUGUAAUCCGUUUGAUACUUUGUUGACUCAGUCCUUUCACUAGUUUUUUGCAAGUUAACAUUUAAAUAUUUAAAAAUUCUAUAAAUUUUAUUUUAAGUGGCUCUGUUUAGCCCUAAAGUGCACAUUUAUUAUCUUUAAGUGGCUCUGUUAAGCUCUGAAGUAAACAUUUAGCAUCUUUCAGUGGCUCUGUUUAGCUCUCAAGUGCACAUUUAUCAUUUGCCCUUUCCAGAUCAUAAAAGAAUAUUUUCAGUUAUUAAUUGUCAAAUCUUUCCUGAAAUUCUUCUAGAAUUUUGUGUUAAUAAUUAUGUGUAUGAUAAUCAUACCUUUAUCUUCUAAUAAUAAUAAAUUGAUUGUAAUAAAUGCUACAUUCAGUAUUUGCUACAAAUUAACAAAAAGCUUUGACAGUAAUCACACAAUAUAUGAUGCUUGCAUGUAUCACUUAUCAUAUGAUUAACUCUUUAACAGCCUGUAGCAUGCCUCACACAAUUUACUCAAACUGCUUGUAAUAUGUAUCACAAUUUAUGCUGUUGUUCAUUUUCAGAAUGAACAAAAUUGGCCAGUGAGUGCUUGUUUCUAAUAUUCCGUAGCAUGUUGAAUGAGACCUUAUUUUUAUUCUCUUCAUUUAGCUGACCUGCAGCAACAUCCCACAUCUUGCCACUGCUUUUUUAUUCUUAAAUAGUAUAAUCUAUUUACUUUUGAUCAUUGCUUUUGCCAUUUUUCUCAGCUUUUUUGUAACCCUGAUUAAGUGAUCCCAAAUUAAGAUUACAAUAAAACUGAUGUGGUGAUAAACAUUUGUCCGUGUUCAAACAAAAUCAAAUGAUAACAUUCUGAUCAAACCUUGUGCUGUGGGCUUGGUGUCGGUUAAAGCAUGUCUGUUAGCAUUUUGAUCAAACUUUGGUAAAGGACUGUUAUGGUUAAGUCGUGUUAACUUUUUUACUGGGUUGUUAUGGGUUAAAUCAUAUCAUUCAGAUCAAACUUUGGUGCUGUGUCUUUGCUAUGGGUUGCAUCAUGUCUCAUUUCAUUUUUUCCUCUUGAUUUGAUAUUUAAAUUUGUCAGCAAACUGAAAGGUAUUUAACUGCAGCAGCUUAGUUUGCCUUACUGAUUAUAGCUGCUAAUCAAACAGAAAAUCAUGUUUACUGCUACUGCUGCUAAUGGACUAACAUUUAUUUUGAAAGUUAAAAAAAUAUAUUUUUUAAUUGAAUCUUGAAAAAAAUUACACAUGUUGAAUUCCUAUUAUGAGAAUAAGGUGAACUUCCUGCUACCUUCUUAACAAUUGGUUUAUAUGUUGCCAGUAAAUCAUCACCUCUAAAUAAAGUUUCAUAGAUAUUUAAUAAUUCCUUGUCUUUAUCAGUUCACCCUGUAUCUAAGAAAUGUUUUACUUUUCUCGCUGAAUUGACAGGGCGCCCGCCAAACUGCCCAUGAACCAGAUCGCUGCCAACAAAGCUGCUGCAUCGUCUUCAGCAACAUCGACAACAACAACAGCAACAACAACCCCAAUGAUUCCGACCAGCUUUGGUGGUGGGCUGCCCCUACUCCAGCCACAGCCCGCAGUCCCGGGGACGACAACUCAGGUUUCAACUAUCAGUAAUGAUUUCUCUCCUUUGGUUAGUGCUGAACCCGUGCCUGAGUUACUGCCCCUCACAGACAUCUUUGUGCCACUGGAAAAGAUACAGCCUGGUGAGUCAAAGAUUUCAUUCCUGAUGUUUAUUGAAGACUUUCACGCCAUUGUAUUGGUUUCCUGAUGCAUUUAUUUCUGAAUAGAUGAGAAUGUAUCAAUUUUAAUUUUAAGUUCGUGUGCUGUUAUUACAUAAUUUCAUGCUUUACUGUUGCACAUCAUUUCAUGCUUUAUUGUUGCACAUCAUUUCAUGCUUUACUGUUUACUGUUGCACAUCAUUUCAUGCUUUACUGUUGCACAUCAUUUCAUGUUUUACUGUUAUAUAUCAUUUCAUGCUUUACUGUUACACAUCAUUUCAUGCUUUACUGUUGCAUAUCAUUUCAUGCUUUACUGUUAGACAUCAUUUCAUGCUUUACUGUUGCACAUCAUUUCAUGCUUUACUGUUGCACAUCAUUUCAUGCUUUACUGUUGCACAUCAUUUCAUGCUUUACUGUUGCACAUCAUUUCAUGCUUUUCUGUUAGACAUCAUUUUAUGCUUUACUGUUGCACAUCAUUUCAUGCUUUACUGUUAGACAUCAUUUCAUGGUUUACUGUUAGACAUCAUUUCAUGCUUUACUGUUGCACAUCAUUUCAUGCUUUUCUGUUAUAUAUCCUUUCAUGCUUUACUGUUAGACAUCAUUUCAUGCUUUACUGUUACACAUUGUUUCAUGCUUUACUGUUACCGGUACACAUUGUUUCAUGCUUAACUGUUGCACAUCAUUUACUGUUGCACAUCAUUUCAUGCUUUACUGUUAGACAUCAUUUCUUGCUUUACUGUUAUACAUCAUUUCAUGCUUUACUGUUAUACAUCAUUUCAUGCUUUACUGUUAUACUUCAUUUCAUGCUUAUGUUUCACUUGUCUUCAAAGACAUCAUGAAUAUUUCAAUUUGUUUUGGACAGCACCAAAUAUACCAUCAGUGACAGCCUACGAGAAGAACAAUCUAAAAGUUGUGGUUCAUUUUGCCAGGGAUCGACCUCGGUCAGAUGUGGUCACCAUGGUGGUGUCCACUUUAUCAACAAACUCUGACCCCAUCACAGGCUUUGUCUUUCAAGCGGCUGUCCCCAAGGUACUUCUGCUCUUAUUGACUUCUGUCUUUCAUUAAAUCAUGUUAAAAUACUGACAAGUUGGUGUGGAAAAAUUUAACGCAUCAGUCCACCAUCCAUUGCUACAGGUAUUAGCCUACUUGCUAGUUAGUUUUGACAAAUUUAAUGCAUCAGUCCACCAUCCAUUGCUACAGGUAUUAGCCUACUUGCUAGUAGGUUUUGACAAAUUUAACGCAUCAGUCCACCAUCGGUUGCUGCAGGUAUUAGCCUACUUGCUAGUUGGUGUGGAAAAAUUUAAGGCAUCAGUCCACCAUCCGUUGCUGCAGGUUAUUAGCCUACUUGCUAGUGGGUUUUGACAAAUUUAAUGCAUCAGUCCACCAUCCAUUGCUACAGGUAUUAGCCUACUUGCUAGUAGGUUUUGACAAAUUUAACGCAUCAGUCCACCAUCUGUUGCUGCAGGUAUUAGCCUACUUGCUAGUUGGUGUGGAAAAAUUUAAGGCAUCAGUCCACCAUCCGUUGCUGCAGGUUAUUAGCCUACUUGCUAGUGGGUUUUGACAAAUUUAAUGCAUCAGUCCACCAUCCAUUGCUACAGGUAUUAGCCUACUUGCUAGUUGGUUUUGACAAAUUUAACGCAUUAUUCCACCAUCCAUUAAUGCAACUGUGAGCCUACUUGCAAGUUUGUUAAGAAAAAUAGAACACAAGAGUCCAUCUUCCAUUACUGCACCUGUGAGCCUACUGGCUAGUUAGUGUGUACAAAUAGAACGCAAGAGUCCAUCAUCCAUUACUGCUGCCAUGUAUGUAUGUAUGGCAUUUUUCCGUCUGCGGGAGACGAUAGAUUAUCUUUAUUGCUUGCAGCUCUUGGUGUGGCUGGUGAGACCAAUCCUCGAAUGGCAGUCUCUGUUACAUUUCCCACAAACGAAUGCGGUGGAGCAGUAUUUACCGGCCUUCCUCCUCGCUCUAUUUGCAGCUGUUUCCACCCUGUUUUGCUCCUUGGCAUGUAGUGAUCCUGCCUUCACGAUGCCCCGCCAUGAGGAUCGAUCCUCUGCCAGCUCCUCCCAGUUUGAGAUGUCGAUGUUGGCCGACUUCAUGUCUCUUUUGCAUAUGUCUAAGUAUCUCAGACGAGGCCGUCCAACUGACCUUUUCCCUGUCGCCAGCUCGCUGUAUAGCACGUCCUUUGGUAUGCGACCAGGUUGCAUUUAUGCUUGAUGUGUCCAAGCCAGCGGAGGCGUCUUUGGAUUAACAUGGCUGGGAGGCUACACAUGUUUGUUUGGGACAAGACAUCCGUGUUGGGGACUUUGUCUUGCCAUUUAAUGUCCAGGAUGUGGUGCAGGCAUCUGAGGUGGAAGCCAUUGAGCCUUCUUUCAUGUUUAGAGUAUGUGGUCUACGACUCGCAUCCAUACAGGAGUGUGCUCAGUACGCAGCCCUGGUACACAUGCAGCUUAGUUCUUGUUGUGAGUUUGGCGUUUGACCAGACUCUUUUCUUCAGUCUGGCCAUAACAGUUGCGGCCUUCCCUAUCCUCCCACUUAUCUCAUCCUCCAUUGAGAGGGUGCUCGAUAUGUUGGAUCCCAGAUAUGUGAAUCUGUCAACAGUAUCCAAGUCGUAGUCGUCGAUAGCAAUAGUGGGGAGGGAGUCAGCGCCCUCUGCCAUGCUAGUUUUCUUUAGGCUAAUUGUCAGGCCAAACUCUUUGCAGGCAGCGGAUAGGCUGGAUAGGAGGCUCUGCAGGCCGUCUGCUGAGUGAGAUACCAAAGCGGCAUCAUCCGCAAACAAGAACUCCCGCAGCAAGACCUUUCUUGUUUUAGUCUUAGCUCUAAGGCAGGCAAUGUUGAAUAAUUUGCCGUCAUCUCUAGUGUGGAUGUAUAUCCCCUCGCUGUUGUUCUGAAAGGCAUACUGGUGUAGGAUGGAGAAAAAGAUUGCAAAUAAAGUAGGAGCCAGCACGCAACCUUGCUUUACUCCACUACUCACUGGGAAAGCUUCUGAGGCGGCACCGUUAUAGCACACUGUGCCCUGCUUGUUUUCAUGGAAGUGCUUGAUUAUGUUAAGCAGUCAUGUAGGGCAGCCUAUCUUUUUGAGGAUCUGAAACAGGCCGUUUCUGCUGACAAGAUCAAAAGUCUUAGUGAGGUCGACAAAUGCAAUGUAUAAAGGCAUAUGUUGCUCCCUGCACUUCUCCUGCAGCUGGCGCAGAGAGAAGCUCAUGUCUAUGGUUGACCUACCGGCGCGAAAACCACAUUGCGAUUCUUGGAAUACACGCGAUGCUGGGUCUGUAGGUGUGUUAAUGCAACUCUGGUGAAAGCCUUUCCAACUAUGCUGAGGAGGGAGACUCCACAAUAGUUGUUGCAGUCACUCUUGUCUCCUUUAUUUUUGUACAAUGUAACAAUGUUUGCAUCUUUCAACUCUUGUGGUAGCUGUCCCUAUUCCCAGCACAGAGUAAGGAGAUCGUGCAAGGGCCGUAAAUAGUACUCCUUUUCCACAUUUGAGAGCUUCUGGUGGGAUACCAUCAUUGCCCGGGGCUUUCCCACUGGCGAGACAAUCGAUGGCUCUACGUAGCUCUUCUAUUGUGGGUAGGGUAUCAAGCUCCUCCAUGACCGGCAAGUCACUUCCGGUUAGAUGGGAUUCGUGUACAUGUUUUUUUUUAUGAAGAAUCUUUCUUUGACUAUGACAUUAUUGGCCAAGUAAAUCCUCAACAAACUGUGAUUUAUCAACUAAAAUGUCACCAUUGCUGGUCAAGGGAUGAGCCAAAUGUCACCAUUGCUGGUCAAGGGAUGAGCCAAAUGUCACCAUUGCUGGUCAAGGGAUGAGCCAAAUGUCAGGUAACGACCAGUUCCCUACUCGGUUUACAGACCAUUGCUGGUCAAGGGAUGAGCCAAAUGUCACCAUUGCUGGUCAAGGGAUGAGCCAAAUGUCACCAUUGCUGGUCAAGGGAUGAGCCAAAUGUCCCCAUUGCUGGUCAAGGGAUGAGCCAAAAGUCACUGUCUUCAAUAUGCUUAGCUAUUUAUGUGAUUUCGGGGUUUGUACUGCAUUGUUGAUAUUCGGCACCAUGUUUGUUACCACUUCCUGUCUUACUUGAAGCGUAGCAAAACUCUAUUUCUGUGUGUGCUCUCAGACUGAAACACACGGAGUAUUAAUAUUGCUUAAUAUAUAGCUUCGGGUAGAUGAGACUCGUAAACCAUGGCCGGUAGCUCAUAUAGGAGAGGGAAACUCUGACUCCAAACCUCUGCUGCCUUGCGGCUAUACUCACACGGGAAAGGCUAAGGGAGUAAACCCUGACAGAAAAUCAGGAAGAGGAGCUCCUAAGGUGUUCGUUUUUGAAAUCAAUUGCAUUCUGGCAGUUCCUGCGACGCCGAUGGUGCCAAGCCGUAUCGACACUAGUUGAUCCCUUGGGUCCACCACUGGCGUGGAGAGGGGGGAUCUGCUGUCUGGGCACAAAUAGAAUACUAACUAUCCGACUAUCAACAUCUUCAGGUUUAGUCAAGAUCCUCAGUGCUUAUGCCCCAACCCUUUCCUCCAGCUCAGAAGCCAAAGACCAGUUCUACGAAGAUCUUAAUCAAACAAUAGCCAGCAUACCCAACAACGAAGCAAUUUACCUUUUGGGUGACUUCAAUGCAAGAGUAGGAAGCGAUCACAUGGCCUGGCCAACAUGCCUCGGUCAUUUUGGAAAAGGCAGGCUAAAUGAAAAUGGGCAGAGACUAUUGGAACUGUGCUGCCUACAUGGACUAUGUGUAACUAACACCUACUUCAACUGUAAGGCUAUCCACCAAGUGUCAUGGAGGCAUCCCCACUCUAAACACUGGCACCAGUUAGAUCUCAUAAUCACAAGACGCACACAACUGGCCAGUGUCCUCCUCACACGCAGCUACCACAGCGCAGACUGCGACACAGAUCAUUCCUUAGUGGCUAGCAAGAUAAGGCUACAGCCAAUCACCAGUUAGAUCUCAUAAUCACAAGACGCACACAACUGGCCAGUGUCCUCCUCACACGCAGCUACCACAGCGCAGACUGCGACACAGAUCAUUCCUUAGUGGCUAGCAAGAUAAGGCUACAGCCAAAGAAACUGUAUCACACCAAAAACAAGAGUAAACCACGCAUAAACAUCUGCUCCACCAAAAACCCAGAAAGAACAGAAGUAUACACCCAUAGUCUACAAGAAGCUCUUGUACAAACGCCACCAAUGGACACUAUUGAGUCCAAAUGGUCACAUUUGCGGGACACUAUCUAUAACUCUGCUAUCCAGGCAUUUGGAAAGAGAGAACACAAAAGUGCAGAUUGGUUCGAGGCCCAUUGGAAGGAAAUGAAACAUGUCACCGAUGCAAAAAGAAAGGCCCUCUUAGCUUAUAAAGACAGACCUUGCCCAGCAACUCUACAAUCGCUUAAAAGCGCCAAGACAAAUGCCCAGCAGGCAACUCGCCACUACGCUAACACAUACUGGCUCAAUCUAAGCUCCAGCAUACAAUCAGCUGCUGAUAGAGGUGAUGCAAAGUCAAUGUACGAGAAUAUAAAGCAAGCAACAGGCCCUCUGAUCUCCAAGACUGCGCCCUUAAUGUCCAAAUCAGGGGAAAUUAUUACUGAUCGAGAUAAACAACUUAAACGGUGGAUAGAGCACUACUUGGAAAUAUACGCAAGGAUAAACCAUGUCUCAACCGCUGCCCUGGACUGCUGCUAUGAACCUACUGGCAAUAAAUGCAGCUGAAUUGUGGAGGCAGACCUGUUUGGUUGACAGCUUAGAAAACAAACAGCUUGGCAGCUCCCAUGGGUUUCUGCCUUAUCAUUCCUUUCAGCUUUAGAGUGAAUUUACUGAAAUGUUUAAAGACUGACACAAAUGUUUUUUGUCUUUAGCCUCAUUAAUACAUUUUUUUUUUAAUUUUGUUCCCCAAUUUUUUUUAUUGCAAAUGUAUUUUUUUCCUGCAGAUAAUGAAAGUGAAACUGCAACCCCCAUCAGCAUCUGAUUUUCCUGCAUACAACCCAAUACUUCCACCGGCAGCCAUAACUCAGGUUAUGUUAGUGGCUAACCCUAGAAAGGUUGGUUUAGCUAAGUGAUGUUAUUAUAUCAGGGCCAACUCUGCAUUGACAUGGUGAUAGAUGUGAAUGGUGAAAGGGACAAAAACCCUUUUUUUGUUUUUCCCCCUUUUAAAAAAGUACCAUACCAGUCUGUGGGGUAUGACCACAUGGUGAAAAACAUUAUUUUCCAGGAAGAAAAGAGUGAGUAGAUUGGUGCCGCUUUCAAAUCAUUGGUUGCUGACAUAGGUUGGCAAGUUAAACAUGGAUUUGAUGAUGGUGCCGUGAAUUUAAAUAAAUUAUUCACAACAAAAAUAUAAUUUUUAGAUUUUUAAAAUUAUUUUAUUGUGUUUUAAUUAGCCUUACUCAACCUACUGGAAUCAAGUUCAGAAACAAGAUUUGGGAACAAACCUUCAUUGAAAAAAAUAGACAGAGCCAUUGAUCUAAUAGGCUUCCUUAUUUUCCCAGGAAAAAGUGAGAUUAAAGUACAAGCUGUCCUACACUUUGAAUGGUCAACUAGUAUCUGAUGUUGGUGAUAUUGAAGGCAUUCCAGUCCAGUAACAUGUAAACAGUGAUCGGUUUGUUUGUUAUUUUUGUGUUUGUUGCUCAUGUGGGCUUGAUUUUAUAUUUUCAGGUGGUUAACCAAAACAAAUAUGACAAAACAAUUGUACAUUAUAUUAUUUAAAUCAACCGUGAGGAUGACUUUAAUAAUUCUGCUUCUUACAAAAUGUGCAUAUGAAUAGAAGUUUUGUUGUUGGGAAAUAUUGCAAUAAUUUUCCAUGCAUAUCUUUUUUCUAAUAGUUUUUACUCGACUGCUCCACACGAAUAUGUUAUUUCCCUUUGCCUACAUGAUUUUCUACAGCAGAUUAUCUGAGCAUUGUCUAAGUCAACAAAAGCAUUCACAUAAUGUGUUUUUAAAGAUUGAGUUUAUUUUUGGACCAUCACUAUCCUAUCUGAAAACCUUCAGGUUAUUUCUGGUCUAUGUGUGUGCAAAUAAAUUGUGUAUAUGACUUGGUGAAAUAGUCUCGGAAACAUCAUGAAUGGGUGGAAUGUUACACUUUGUUCAAGAAUUAAAAGUAGCAUGUGUAUUCCGGAAUUAAAGUAGGAUAUUUCUUGAAAACAUUAGAAGUGGUCAUGUAUAUUUUGAAUUUACAGAAUUUUUAAUCUAUUUAAAGAAGAAAAGUUCUGUAUGAUUUGAAAUUAUAUUUUAAUUGAUCAUGUGUCAGGCUGAUAAGUUUCUGAUUGCUCAAGGGCUAAACUAUUUAAUGAUUAUGUCAAUAUUUUCGUUCUCAGUUUUCUUUUAAUAUCAUUCAGAAAAUGUUGGUGAUUGUAACUGAUAGGGUCGCACAGCCUAAAAAAGUGAGUUCUAAUUUAAGGUAAUUUGAUCAAAUGUAUCAUGUAUAAUUUAUUACUGCAGUGCAGCAUUCUGCUAAUGUACUCUCCGUCAACUAUAAUUAGAAAAAAGCACAGUUGCUUUUUUUUAAAGCUUAACAAUUUAUAGAAUCUUCUAUUACUUGACACAAAGAAUGUGAUGUGAACAUGAUUUAUUUCAAUUUUUGUCUAACAUACUAUCAUGUCAAAAUGGUCUUCUAAAACAGUGGUUCCCAAACGUUUAAGUUUGGCGGACCGGUGAACAAGUUUCGAAAUUUUACCAGGGACCGGUGCAUGAUUUAUUUUUAUACUUUUAUUUCUAUUUGACAAUAAAUAUUUAUGUUAUGGGGACCGGCAGCGUUAGGAAUGCGGACCGGUGAAGGUCCACGGGCCGCCAUUUGGGGACCACUGUACUAAAACACCCAUUUAUAGCUACAUGGGGUUGCAUGUUAUAGAUAAUAAAAUGGAUAUGUUGUCCUUCAUAUACAAAUUAUAACUAAAAUCCAUCUUUUAGUUUAGUGUUUUAAAAAUAAUUGCUGUCCAGAAAGAAAGGGAAGACCAAUUAUUUUUCAGGAAAAAAAACCAAGCAGCGAUUUUUUUUGUUUUUAAAGAAACAUGUUGAAGAUUUGUUGUCCUCUGUCAGCACUAUCCUGCUCUCUUGUUCUGUUGUUUAACUGAUGCAAUCUUUUUGUGUUCUGUGAUCUUAGAUAGAUUCAGCAGUUACAGAAAUAGCAACCUUGUGAUGGAUUUCACUGCUAUGCCUGUAUACAUUUACUGAGCUGCAAUACUCAAACACAUCAAUCUGUGGAAGCUAAAUUCAGAUUACCGGUACUUUAUUGGACUAAGAUGCUUUACAGCUAUUUCUGCUCUCACAUACUGAAUAAACUCUGAAAGUCUUUUUGCUAUGUGAAUGUUUUUAUAAAAUAAAAGACGGACCUUGUGAUCAGAAGAUGUUUUGCAAGGUUUUUAUCUAAAUUUCUAGAAAAGUUUGACCUAAAAUACACCAGUUAUCUUAUCAAAGAACAUUCCCUGCCAUAGGGGGCACUUUUCAAAAAGGGAGAAGUCAAUUUUUUAUUUAGAAAUUGAGUUAUGGUUACAUUUUUUUCCUAUGGGUAAAGGAUGUUUAUUAACUUCAGUUAAAUAAGGGACAAAAGUUAUACCGGUAUUCAUUUUGUCUAAAUUUGCCAUUUAUAAAAAAAAGCUCUUCAAAUGAAUUAUUAAAGAAGUAGAUCAAAUUUAAAUUUACAAAAGGAAUCAUUUUUUUUUUUAAUUUAGUAUUAAACAAAAUAUUUAGUCACUUAUCUAGAUGACACUGUAGAAGAUUUUGUAGAUAAUGUACACAAAUAGUAUGAGUCAUUACUGAUAAGUUUUUCCAAAGAUGUCAGUGUAUUUGUAUUUAUACUUGUUUUGCUAUCUUGUGUCUAUGAAUACUAUGAUUAUUAUAUGAGUUAUUACUUGUGACCAUAUAUAUGUAAUACAAUUAUGUACUAAGAAAUGUUUUAUGUUGUGAUAGACACACAACAUGGGAUGGAUAUCAAUCUUGUCAUUAUACAGCACUUGAAAUUUGGUUCCUCUUCUUAAAAAACAGGACAGCUAGUAUCAUUAACUAUCUUAUUUCUUUCAGUAUUAAUUAAUGAUAAAGUGCUUGUGUUCAGUGUAGUUACAUACUUUAAAUAAAUUUUUUUAGGUUUUCUCUAUCUACAUUAGCUCAAUGAAAUCAAUGAAAUGACAUAUUAAACUAAUCUUUCUAAUUUAGCUCUGGUGCGUUUUGAGAGAUCAUUAGCUUCUUUGCACUUAAUUGCUUUCUAACGAAACACACUGAUUAAUCUAUUCUAUAGGGAUUUAGCAUUUUAAGUAAGCUAGCAGUAGCACUGGUACAAAAAAGAAAAUAAUGGUGUCCUUCAUCUAGUCCUCAAAGUUAAGUUAGAACUCAUUCAUUGUUUCAUUUUACCUUGCCACCUUUUUAGUUCAUUGGAGUCUUUAAAAUGAUGUGAUACAAAAAUUAUGCAGAAAUAAAUGCUUGCCAUUCAAAAAAAAAUAAAGUAUUGUUUACAUUUCUAUAUAUAAUAUGAAGUCUGUAUUAAUAAUGAGUGAACUUUGGAUAGCCAAAAGAAAUUUUAAAAAUUAAACUGUCAAAGACUAAAGGGCUACCAUUAAAAAAAAACAAUAUGGCAGUCUUCAAAGGCUGACAUCAACCAAAUUAACAUUAUGUCAUAUACGGUAUAUAACAUUUCUGUAGUGCUAUUUACUGCUUGUAAUUUAUUUCAUCUUUUUUUUUUUGACUUGUAUGAUGCUAUACCAUAUGUAAAACAGAAAUGCAUGAAAACAAUA